ACAGGCAAGAGUAAUCCAUGCCAGAUAGCGAUCCGGUGCUUGGAAAGCAGCCAGGAAAGAGGCUACGGAAUCUAUUUCCGAGAGGGACCGCGGGGAAUGGGCGGCAGCACAGACAAGAGCAAUCCAUACCAGAGACGGGAGCGUGGCAAGGGGCAGUCAGUUGCCAUGCUAAGAAGAUAGAAGAAGAAAAGAAAUGACGGGCUCCUCCCCAUUUGGGCUGCACUUAGUGCACUUGGAUCUCAAAGGUGCUCCACCAAAGGUCUCCUACCUGGCUGAGAUCUUUCCUUUAUUUCGUAUCCUUGGUGCCAAUGGCCUUCUCAUUGAGUAUGAGGACAUGUUUCCUUAUGAGGGAGAGCUGAAGCCACUCAGAGCAAAACAUGCUUACAGUGCCUCAGAGAUUAAAGAGAUUUUAAAUCUGGCAAAACUGCACGAGUUAGAAGUUAUCCCUCUGGUGCAGACCUUUGGACACAUGGAAUUUGUUCUAAAACACCAAGAGUUUUCUCACCUCCGGGAGGUGGAGAUGUUUCCAAAUGCCCUCAACCCACACAAAGAGGAAUCCCUGAGGCUGGUCAGUGCAAUGAUUGACCAGGUGGUGACACUACAUGAUGGCGUACGAUGGUUUCACUUAGGCUCUGAUGAGGUCUACUAUCUUGGUGAAGGUGAGGAAUCAAAGCAAUGGCUGCAGAAAGAAGAGAACAGCACAGAGAAGCUGUGUCUGUCCCACAUGAAAGCUGUUGCAAAUUGCAUGGUCUCGUCUCAUCCAGCAGUGAAGCCCAUUGUAUGGGAUGAUAUGCUCAGAGGGGUGAGUGAGGAAACACUGACAGAGUCUGGGGUAGCUCAGCUGAUGGAGCCAAUGAUUUGGGACUAUGCGCCGGAUCUCGAUGAGGAUGGCAAAGUGCUUCUCAUUGAAAAGUACCGCAAGUGUGGCUUCCUCAAGCUGUGGUUUGCUAGUGCCUUUAAAGGAGCAAGUGGCGUGAAUCAGUCUCUGACCCCCAUUGGACACCACCUGAAAAACCAUCUCCAGUGGCUGAAAGUAGCAAACAGCAUCCCUGCUGAUAUGCUCCAAGGUAUCGCCCUGACUGGAUGGCAAAGGUAUGACCACUUCUCUGUCUUAUGCGAGCUUCUCCCAGUGGGAAUUCCAUCGCUAGCUGUCUCUCUGCAGGCAUUACAGAACGGUGGCUAUUCUGAAAAGGUUAAAGAAAAUGUGGAGAAACAGCUGGGGCUCUCCAAUCUAGAAAUUGACACUUUCAUGAGUGAAAGUUUAGGGACCUUUCCAGGGAGUGACAUCCUCAAAUUUGUGACUCAGAUCUGUUUCUAUCUGAAGCCCUCCGUGGAUGAACUUCUUGAAAGAAACAGGUACAUCACUGGCUGGUUCAGCCCCUUCCACAGAAAGAGGAAGCUUGUUCAUCCUAUAAUGGUGCAUCAUUUUCAGCCAGAUGCAUUAAGUCUUCUAGCCAAGUGGAAUGCUGUGAUGCAGGAGCUUCAAGCAGCCCUUGAGAGAGUUUUCUACAUGUGCACCGUAGAAGAGUGGAUGGAGGAGAAUGUCCAUCCCAGCCUACAUAAACUGCAGGAAGUAGUAGAUGAUUUAGACAAAGCAAUACAAGCACAAUCCUAACUGCUCUCACAAACUGCCAAAUAUCUUACUUGAGACCCUGGCUGGUAUAAAUUAUGAACAACACUAUAGCCAGAGCUUAAAGAUGGAAUAAAGUGGAUCCACCUUCACUGAAGUUGAGUUGGGCCUUGUCCACAGCAAGGGAUUUGCAUCAGCACAGCUAGAAUGACAAAAUAAUAAGAUGUGGAGUUCUAUCUUUACCGCCAACAAAUGCUGAAACCAGUUACUGUAGUGUAUGUACUUGACCAGACUUUUUACAGUGCAUAACAAUGAAAGCAAGAACGAGGCCAAGUUUGGCUGUGUUCCUCAUAAGCGCUUUGAAAUCCCCUCUCUUUUGUCCCUGUCCCCCCCACUCCCACCACCACCUCCCCUUACUGCCUCUGAUAGAGGCAGCAGGGGAAAGGGAGCAACUAGUCGAUUGUCCUGUUGACUAUCUGAUAAGCAUUUGCUUAUCGGAUAGUCAACUAGUCCUUCACAUACCUAGUGUCAACUGACUUCUGACACAUUACAGACAGGGCAUCAAAGCAGGAGUCAGUUGGCUUCAAUGGACUUAUAGAACUUGAAAUGAGAGGUGGGAAGUGAAUUUUUGGUAACAUGCUAAACACUGACGUCUGGUUAUUUGAGGAAAUAUUCAAAUCACUACAGACAUUCUUGAGUUAACUUCAUAACUGUAAAUCUGACUUUUGUUGCAUCUACUUGCAAAGUUAGAAACCAAUAAGUCAACAUAAAGAUACUCCUUGACCUUCUGUGCUUUAGAUGAGGGCUCUGAAUGGUUUAUAAACAAGUUUGUUGUGUUUCAUAGCUUUUGUAAACUGGUUAACAAGCAUAUAACAACUUCUGAGCACAAAAUACGUCAAUGAAAAUCAGAUACUCCAAGUGUGAAUUUACAAUAAACAUUCAAAAUACCUUUUAAAAUGUUU